CCUAGGUGCGUUUACCUUCCGCUGGCUUGUACGCUGUUACCGCUCACAGGAUGAAGCCGGAGGGAGAGCUGAGGCCGUGGCUGAGGAUUGCGCUGUUGGCGCUACUGACUCUAUCCUGCGUUGCUGAGGAGGAGAACAGCACGUCCGUCAUUGCAACUUCCACAAUUAUGGCUACAAAGGACGGUAAUGGAUCAUUGAUCGUCACUACUCCCAAUGUUACGCAGAGCACCCCUGUAACCACUUCAGUGCCGGUUUCAAACAGCUCUUCCAAAGACACCAGUACCCUUCCUCCAACAGUCGUGACAACAGGUAUGACCACAGGAAAAAUCUCCUCCCCAGCAGCAACAACCAAAGAGCCUGUAAAAAUGACAACUAUCAUUGACAACAAGUCUGUGGCAACAAGUUCUAUGGCUUCUUCUGUAUUAACGAAGACCUCUGGAUUUGACAUGGGCAGUUUCAUUGGAGGCAUUGUGCUGACUGUUGGGCUCCUAGCAGUGGCUUACUUUGGAUGUAGAUUCUAUAAUUCUAAGAGAGGUGUUCGCUACAGGACCAUAGAUGAACACGAAGCAAUCAUCUAACCUGAAGCAAAGCUGUGGGUUUUGACCUUCUGCAAUCCAUUCAUUUUGAAUGUUACAAGUUGAAUAAAACCCAGAGCUGAGUAGGAAGAAGCAUUCUGAUUCAUUUUUUUUUUGUAUAGCGUCGGGUAUGCGGGGCAGCAAUAGAUGUUUUUUUCGCACACAUUUGGCCAAGCGCAUAUUUCAAAGCUAUUCUGCGUCCUGCUCUAUAAAUAAAACAUUGAUUUGGGUUUUA